AUGGCACGAUAUCAAGUUCUAAUCCGCUAUGAGCACCAUAAAGCCUUCAUGAAAUACGAUUCGAAUAUCCAGAACAUAAUUGAAGACAAAUUCGGUGAGAUGGGUGCUACUGAUAUCGAACGGUAUCACAUGAGUCCGAACUUCCCUCUGCUACUGGUUACUACGUAUGCCGGGCGCCCUUCCCCAGUACCUUAUUGA